CGGAGGGCUCAAUGUCGUGUUUUCCUGUCCAGGAGCGGUGCGGAGGUACCUCUGGAACUCCACCGCUGAUAGCGCUAGAGGAAAUUCUGCGCGGUGGUCAAACCUCCUGCAAUCAUGUUGAUGAGGUAUGGCCAAACUUAUUUCUCGGAGACAUGUUUAUGUCCCAUGACAGAUAUGGUCUAUGGAAGCUGGGAAUCACCCACGUUUUAAACGCCGCUCACGGUAAAACGUGCUGCAAGGGGAGCGAUGACUUCUACGGCACAACUGUGCGCUACCACGGGGUGCCCGCCAACGACCUGCCGACCUUCGACCUGUCGCCGUACUUCUACCCCGCUGCGGAGUACAUUCACACGGCCCUCACCGCGCCGGGAGCGAAGGUGUUUGUGCACUGCGCGGUGGGAGUGAGCAGGUCAGCCUCUCUGGUCCUGGCGUUCCUGAUGAUACAUCACGGAUUCUCCCUGGUGGACGCCAUCCGGAAGGUGAAAGAAUCCCGGUGGAUUUUCCCAAACGGAGGGUUCCUGGAACAGCUGAGGACCCUGGAUAUCGACUUGCACAAAGACGGAACGACAGAAGCCGACAGACAAACGACCUGAAAUAGCGACAGGUAAUCACCACAGCAAUAGCACCACCUUUUAGCAGUGCUCCUGAUCAGGUCUUGGGAGUUACCGUAAUGUCCUUUUGCCCUGUUUACAUUGGCUCAUAUUUAUUAAGAUACAGUACCUCAAUGAUGCGGCACAUGGGAUAUUUCUUUAAAUUCUAGAAACAUUCUCUAAAUUGGGUACAGAAGUAAAGGUGUGAUC